AUGUUGUUCCAUCCCCGCCGGCCAUCACCCCUCACACCAGAAAGAUCAUAUCUGGCUGGUGGCACUCCAGCCACUGCUAUGCCAAGGAAGUACAUCCUGGUCACAGGUGGAGUCAUCUCUGGCAUUGGUAAAGGGAUCAUCGCCAGCAGCAUUGGGACAAUUCUGAAGUCAUGUGGACUCCAGGUUACCGCCAUCAAAAUCAACCCUUAUAUUAACAUCGAUGCAGGCACUUUUUCACCUUAUGAACAUCGUGAAGUGUUAGUCUUAAAUGAUGGUGGAGAAGUUGAUGUAGACCUUGGAAAUUAUGAAAGAUUUUUGGAUAUUAACCUUUAUAAAGACAACAACAUCACUACUGGGAAGAUAUAUCAGCAUGUGAUCAAUAAAGAGAGGCGUGGUGAUUUCAUGGGGAAUACAGUGCAAGUUGUCCCUCACAUUACUGAUGUGACAGAGUGGGUCAUGAAUCAAGCCAAGGUGCCUGUGGAGGAUCAGGAACAGCCUCAAAUAUGUGUUAUUGAGUUGGGAGGUACCAAUGGAGAUAUUGAAGGAAUGGCAUUUGCGGAAGCAUUCAGACAAUUCCAGUUUAAGGUGAAAAGAGAGAAUUUUUGUAAUAUCCAUGUAAGCCUUGUCCCACAGCCUAGUUCUACUUGGGAGCAGAAAACCAAACCCACACAAAACAGUGUCUGCGCGCUGAGGGGGUUAGGUCUGUCUCCGGAUCUGAUUAUCUGCCGAAGCGCAAUGCCUGUUGAGAUGGCUGUGAAGGAGAAGAUUUCUAUGUUUUGUCAUGUGAACCCUGAACAGGUCAUAUGUACCCAAAAUGUUUAUUCCACAUACCAAGUGCCUGUGCUGCUGGAGGAACAAGGUGUUGUUAAAUAUUUUAAGGAGAGACUGCACCUGCCAACUGGUGAUUUUCCAAGUAAUUUGCUUUACAAGUGGAAAAAUAUGGCUGACAGAUAUGAAAAGUUACAGAAGACAUGAUCCAUAGCUCUAGUUGACAAAUAUACCAAGCUCCCGGACUGCUAUGCUUCCGCGUUCAAAGCCCUGGAGCAUUCAGCCUUGGCCAUCAACUACAAGUUGAAUCUGAUGUACAUAGACUCCAUUGAUCUGGAGCCAAUCACUGAAUCUGAGAACUCUGUGAAAUUCCACGAAGCUUGGCAGAAGCUAUGCAAAACUGAUGGUGUUCUUGUGCCCGGAGGCUUUGGAAUCAGAGGAACAUUGGGAAAACUCCAGGUGAUUUCUUGGGCAAGGACUAAGAAGAUUCCUUUUCUGGGAAUUUGCCCUGGGAUGCAGCUAGCAGUGAUAGAGUUUGCAAGAAACUGCCUUAAAAUGAAAGAUGCUCAUUCCACAGAAUUUGAGCCAAAUACUUCAGUUCCUUUGGUGAUUGAUAUGCCUGAAUACAGCCCUGGCAAUUUGGGAGGACCAAUGAGGCUAGGAAUGAGAAAAACUGUUUUCAGAACUGAAAAUUCAUUAUUAAGGAAAAUUUAUGGUGAUGUUCCCUUUAUAGAAGAAAGACACAGACAUCGGUAUGAGGUGAACCCUAAUAUGAUCAACCAAUUCGAGCAUAGUGACUUACAUAUUGUUGGUCAGAAUGUGGAUGGGGAGAGGAUGAAAAUCAUUGAACUGGCGAAUCAUCCCUAUUUUCUUGGUGUCCAGUUCCAUCCGGAGUUCUCUCCAAGCCCAUUGAAAUCUUCUCCUCUAUACUUGGGGCUGUUGCUUACAGCUACCGGGAACCUGAAUGCCUUCAUGCAGCAGGGAUGCAAACUCUCUGCCAGUGAUAGAUACAGUGAUUCGAGUGAUGACAGCUUGUCCGAGCAACGGAUAGCAGAUUUGGAGAUAAACUAAUAUGGGACGUGGAAGGAUGUGGACUACCAGCAAGGCAUCUGAAGUAAUUGAACUCAAUAUGAAGGAACUAUCUGAAGAAAUCACCACAUUCAUAGCAUCACUCUGUUCUCC